AUGGCGCUCAGCGAGUACCGAUUCCGUGCUUUGCUGCCUGACAAAUCAGCAGAGGAGCGGCGGUUCUUCAAUUAUUUUUACUCAUUCACCAUUCCUAUGAUGAGUGGGUGGCUCGACCAUCGCAUGUGGAACUGCCUUGCGCUGCAGAUGUGUCAGUCUGAACCGGCGGUCUGUCAUGCCGUCAUUGCGUUGGGCGCCCUGCAGGAGGUCUCAGAGACGGCAGCAGUCCCCGUCAUCGCUGAGGACAUGAGCAAUCGCACACAGAGGUUUGCGCUGGUGCAGUAUACGCGGUCGAUCGGGUACCUCGUAUCCAGGAUGCGAUCAGGGUCGAAUGAUCCGCAUGUCAAAAGUACGGUUCUGCUGUGCUGUCUCUUGUUUAUCGCGUUUGAGCUUAUCCGCGGGAACUUUGGCCGCGCCGUUACGCACCUUCAAAAUGGGCUGCGUGUGUUGGGAACGCGGAAGCUAAAUUACCAUACGCUGUAUCAGACCCAUCCAGCCUUUGAACAGGAUAUCGACCGGUCUCUUGCUGCCGCAAUGGUGCAUUUGGAUCUUCAGAGUGCGCACUUUGGACUCUCCGAGACUCACACGCCUCUUGACCUAGCCACGCUAGCGGUAGAUCAAGUAACUCGGCCGGACCCGACUAUUAUGGAGUUUAACUGCAUCCAAGAUGCAUGCUUCGCGCGGGACCGGACGCUGCAUCAGAUCGUUACGUUUGUCAAUUUUUGCGAGACGCUAUCGGCCGCUGAGCUUGCUGCAAAUUACGCGGUUUUGUUGAAGGAGCAGCAGAAACAGCAAGUCCAACUAGCCAGCUUUGCACAGGGCCUUCGACACUUUGAGCAGAAAAUGCUCGAUCUCACUGCAUUGCGAUCAAAAGACCUCCAAUCCCUCGAUCUGUUACGCAUGCACCACACAGGAGUCUCCCUGAUAAUAGACGUCUGUCUCAUCAAAGACCCAGGCGUAAUCCGCGAUAUGUACAGUGAACGCUUUUCAGAAGUCGUUGAUCUGGCAGAAAAGAUAACUGCUGGAGUGCAGGACAGAGCGCGCGAGGCAGGACCGCGCCCGACUCUUAUGAUGGAGACCGCAGUUAUCGGUCCGUUGUAUUACAUUAUCCAGAAAUGCGGAAACAAGGAAAUUGCGAAGCGCGCGCUAAGGGCUCUUGAGGAGUGGCCGCAUCGCGAGGGGAUGUGGGAUUCGGUGCAGGCUGCGGAGAUGGCUAGAGAGGCUAUGGAGGUUUAUGAGGGAAACGGGUCUUGA